GUUUGGCGGAGGAGAAGUUUGUGUAGCUUCGGCAAACUCUAGACACCAUUGGUCCGAGUAACAACCAGAGUUGAGGAGAAGCAAACUAGUUUGUUCAUGACUCUUCAUAUCGCUUUAGGGCUUGUCAUAUGAACGUAACGUUAUUUAAUGCUUCAUUUAAGGUGACCUUGCUUAAUUUGUCAUCACUAUUGAUUUAAAGUUAUCUAAAAAAAAAAACGAGCGGGCGGUUUUGGAUUUAUGUCCCACUCACGUUCAAAUGAAUGUGUCUAUCAGUAGCGUUAUAAUAACGUUAUUCCUGGAUGGGCUGUUGGGUGUUUUACCCGCAAUUAAUAAAUAGGCUUCUAAUUCUUCGGAGAGUCUCGCAUCCUCCCGCGGGUGGUCUUGUAUGAACCGUGUCCAGGCAGCGUCGAGGGGUCGGGGGCUCCGCCAGCAGAGCCGGGCUUCAGGAUGAGGAUGCCCAGAGAAGGACGCCUCUUUCUGGCUAUGUGCCUCGGCUCGCUCUUCGUUCUCGUGCUUUACUUCCAGAGCAUCACCAAGCCAGAACUUGGUGUGAAGACUGGCAGCAGUCCAGGGAAAAGCAGGAGAAGUCCACUGCAGACCCUCUACAAUGGGGACCAGCAGCUGGAGCUGUUGUCAGCUCAGAGGUCCCUCCAAGGCCGCAGGGAGCUGUUGGAGCAGGCAUGUCUGAGCCACACGAGGAAGCGGCAGGUGCUUUCGCCUGAGGAUCUCAAGCACCUCAUUGUGGAUGAUAAACACAGCCUUAUUUACUGCUAUGUACCCAAGGUAGCCUGCACCAAUUGGAAGCGUGUCCUUAUGGUCCUCACCAGUGACGGCCGCUACACCGACCCCCUUGCCAUCCCAGCGAACGAGGCCCACGUGGCAGGUAACCUCCGCACGCUUUCCGAGUUUUCUGUCCCCGAGAUCAAUAAACGCCUUCGCAGCUACCUCAAAUUUAUCUUUGUGCGGGAGCCCUUCGAGCGCCUGGUGUCGGCCUACCGGAACAAGUUCACCCGUAGCUACAACACUGCUUUCCACAAGCGCUACGGAACCAAGAUCAUCCGCCGGCACCGGCCCGACCCGGAACCUGAAGCGCUGGAGAUGGGGAACGACGUUUCUUUCCAUGAGUUUGUCCAGUACCUCGUGGACCCUCGGACCCAACGGGAGGGACCGUUUAACGAGCACUGGGAGCGGGUACACUCCCUCUGCCACCCCUGCCUGAUCCACUACGAUGUAGUGGGGAAGUACGAGACUCUGGUGCCAGAUGCUCAGGCUGUGCUCAGGUUGGCUGGAGUGGAGGGAAAACUCCAAUUUCCAACGUCUGGCAAGAGGACCAGCACUGAUGGCAACAUGGCGGCACGCUUCUUCAAGCACAUCAGUCCUUUUUAUCAGAAGAAACUGUUCAACCUGUAUCGAAUGGACUUCAUGCUCUUCAACUACUCCACGCCAGAGUACCUCAGGACUUGAUGAGGGGUGGAGAGGAAGAGGGUUAACAAUCAGUACCGCGGAUGGACCUGUUGUAAUAGGUCACACCUUUCACAUCCCGGUCAAGACUUUUUGUCAGUGAUGGAUCAUUUUGCACUUUUUGGUUGUACAAUUUUCAUCCCUGCCUGAGUUGUUCGUCACAAGCACAGACUUGUCGCUAUGACUCUCCAACAAAAACUAGAUUUUCUGGUUUCAGUGAAUGGAACUUUGCAAAUGGAACCAAUUUCUUCCUAAGAAGGAAAGGCAGACAGUUUGUGCCGUGAUACAAGCAUUUGUCAUAUUUGCUUUCCAAAGUGUGAAAAGUGGGUAUUGUUUUGACGUUUAGCAGAAGAGAAUGCGGACGAUCCCAGAAUGUGUUUGAAAAUGCAGGUGACACAUGAACUGUCCUUUCUAUCUGGGCUUCAGGUUCAGUUAGAAUUAAAAAAAGUAUUUAUUUUUCAUUCGCCUAAUUGCCAUUCACCUAGAAAUGGAGCAAAUCUGUCUUUGGCUUUUAGUUUUUGUUACAUGUGGUCGUCAACUGGGUGUAAUAUGCCAUACCAGCCUCCCUGCGGUGCCCACUACACUAAAGCUUUUAUCAUGGCUUAUUUUUCUAAGAACUAAUGAGCAAUAAAUGAAAAUCACACUUCAGAGGAGCAGGUCCUCCUCUUGCAUGGAUAGGUGAAUGUGCUGACUGUGAAGCCAAACACAGCAGAUUCAUUCAAAGCACCUACAGCACAACAAUAACUGGAUGGCUUUUAUUUAUGUACGUCAGCGCAUAAAGUAUUUAUUGUUAUGGAAAUCAUGUGGUAGCAAGAAUUUGGGCUCAUGAUUGGUGAAAAUGAAUUUUAUAUGGAAGAAGGGAAGGGUUUCUCUUUUGUAGAGUGAAUUUUUGUUGCAUGGAAAGUUACCUGCUGUCUUGGCUUUUGCACGUAAACUCAUGCCAAAUAGAAAUGCUCCGGACAAUUUAGAAAUCAUCCUAUCCUACUCUUUUUUUUCUUUUCCUCUUCUCUGAUCAAACCCUAGUUCAAACAAGAUUCCCUGGGCUUGUCUUGUCAGACUUGUCACAGCACUCGUUGACACUAUCUGAAAUCUGAGAAUAACCCCCAGGCAAACUUGCAGUCACUCCUUAAUUCCAGUGAAAGCUUGUUGCCAUCCCUCCUCUAUCACUGUCUGCAUUUAGCUCUGGGCAGGUAGGCUGAACAAACAACCACAUAGCUGUGGUCAGGGCUGGGCCCAGCCCAGCACUGCCCCCGGUCAGAGCUCUCCUUGUUAGGGUGAAUGCAGGCACCUGAAGGGUUAAUCCACCUACAGUCAUCUCCACUGCAGGGCCUUGUUCAGCAAAUGGGAUGGAAUUUACGGUAAAUAAUACGGAGGGUAAUGUAGGAAAAUAUUUAUUAAUGGCCUGUACUGUGAAAAUAAUUGAAGGGGAACUCCACCGAUUUUACACAUAGUAGCCCAUAUACGGGUCUUUGGGUGUUCUACUGUGAGAAGAAAGUUGUACAGAUCCUUUUGUGGCUCCAGAAGGAGCUGUGUGAUCAAUUGCCUUUAAGUGAUGUCACUUGAGUCAGCCUCAGUUGGGAGACAAGACUGAAAAGGAAAAAGAUCUGUGGGGUGUGCAGUUACAUUAGCCGCUACUAGCAUAACACAACGACUCUCCGAUCAAACUGAUGGUGGUUGAGUUGCAUUGUGGGCAAUGUAACCGUCAGGGAAGAAAAACUGUCCAUCACAAGUCUGACAAUGUUAAUGCUAUAUUGGUGGUGUUCGCCAUCAUUUCUUGGAAGUAGUUCAGUCAGGAUCACUUUUGUCAAAAGCAGACUUUAUUUCCAAAUGCAGUAUGUUCUGGGACCCCCUUCCAUGUGCAUACAAUGGAAAGCUUGAGACAAGGAGAGCAGCAGCAAAGACCCCCCAGGGUACAUAACAGAGCAAACAUCAAUAGGAACAGAAAUGACAUUGAUUAAAUCCCCUGGAAAUCACCUACUGCUUUUGAACUAAACUAACCAAACUCUAAACUCUAAAAAAAAAGAGUUUCAGAAUUUUCUUUCUGCUUUUUCUAUGAUCAGUAACAAAUUACAUCUUUCCAGAAGAACUGCUAGGGAUUUACUGGGGAAUAAUGGACCCAUAAAUAAAGUUUUACCAUAAAAUCUCACCCUAGCCUCACACCCUUUUGGCUACACUGAUAUUGUCAGUGGGCCUAUUGUUGUUUUGUGAGGAACUCCUUUUACCCAGUCGGAUCCUCAUUAGGUCAAAUUGUUUAAAAAUGAAGACAACAGCCAUACAGCAACUCAGCUAUGCUCUUUCUAAUAAUUCCUACCAUUUCCAAUUGUAACGAGUGACUGUUUCCAGUCUACUCAUCACUGUUAAGCUCUGACUCAGAACAUCCUGGGGCUACCCUGAUUAUCAGGACACCAAUCUGGCCUGGAUGAAUUGAAAACAUUGAAUGCUGGCAUUAAUAGGGACCCGACAUAGCUAGUUAUCCUCAACAAUAACAAGGAUUCACCUCAAAACAACAAAAGUAAUCAUUUUCAUUCAUGUCCCGCAGUCUGGACAUUAGUUCCAGUUUAGCUUAAAAAGCGUGCACAAUUGUGUUAGUGCCUGUCAAGACAUCCUGGCACUGAACUAGCAAUUAGUCAUUUAUUUUUCUUCCAGAUUUCUUUUGUAAAAUAUUGCGUAAGAAAAUGGGCCCAGGCUGGCCCACUCUGGAAACAUUGCUUUUAUGUUUUUUUUGCCUGUAUUCAUGCUGAGAAGUGCAAUAUCUGUGUGUGAGUAUCUGUAAUGUGUUAAAGCUGUAUCUUUAUAAGUGACUUCCUCUUUAAAAUGUGUGCCAUCAUGCUUAUGCCACAUUUGAUUUUUCUGUUUGGCUAUGAUUACAGCCAUGGAUUAGAGGAUUUUCAUUUUAAUGCUCCCCUGUGUAGCAGUGUGUGAUUUAAGCCAUCACUUGCAAGAAGAUGUGACUCGCCAAAACCCAAUCACACCCUUCAUGUUUUUUCUUCCUGCUGGCUCAAUGACACGCUGCACAAAAUAUAUGUUUUACCUUUUCAUUUCUUUUUUUUUUUCUCCUGGAAAAUAGAGAAUAACAAGUAGCUUGUUCUUUCAAAGGGAUAAAACAGACUGUAUAUCCAUUUUAAACAACCAGACGCUGCUGUGUAUAAACACAGCUAGUCAGCCGUUUCUGUAGAAAUGUUACUUUGGUCAGACCUGUGACUUUGUGAGUCAUUGUGAAAUAGGGAACAGAGCACAAUCUACAAGAAUCUGUCACGCACUGGUUUGCCUUUGCCAGAAAAAACUGUGAAUGUGAUAACUUGAUAAGUGAAGUGCACUUGCUGAUGGUGAUGAUGAUUGACUGGCUGGUUACUUUGACGUUUCAACAAAUACAAUCCCUUAACAGCU